AUGAUCAGGACUGGAAUCUCGACCUUUGCAAGGAGGUCAUACUCCACCGUCAAGCCCGUAAUCUCCGCCGCCAAGAUCCGUUUGAACAGACUGAGCGAGGAGACCGGAAGCAACAUCUAUGCCAAGGCCGAGUUCAUGAACCCCGGUGGAUCUGUCAAGGAUCGUGCCGCCCUCUUUGUUGUCCAGGAUGCCGAGAGCAAGGGACUGAUCAAGGCUGGCGGAACGGUUGUUGAGGGAACUGCCGGAAACACCGGUAUCGGUCUUGCCCACGUCUGCCGAGCCAAGGGUUACAAGUGCGUCAUCUACAUGCCCAACACCCAGAGUCAGGAAAAGAUCGACCUGCUGCGCAUGCUCGGCGCCGAGGUCUACCCAGUCCCCGCAGUGGCAUUCGACAACCCCCAGAACUACAAUCACCAAGCCGCUCGCCACGCUGAGGCCCUCGACAACGCCGUCUGGACCAACCAGUUCGACAACACUGCCAACCGUCAAGCCCAUAUCGAGACCACUGGACCCGAGAUCUGGCAGCAGUUGGAGGGUCAAGUCGAUGGUUUCACUUGCUCCACCGGUACUGGUGGUACCCUUGCUGGAAUUGCUCGGUUCUUGAAGGAGAAGUCGAACGGAAAGACAAAGAUCUUUUUGGCCGAUCCUCCCGGCAGUGUUUUGUACAGCUAUAUCAAGUCUGGCGGCACCCUUAUUGAGCGCGGCGGUUCUUCUAUCACCGAAGGUAUUGGUCAGGGACGUGUGACAGAGAACUUGAAGCCCGACAUCGAGUUGAUCGACGACGCCCUCCAGAUCCCCGAUGCAGACUCGCUCCACAUGAUCUACCGUCUCCUCGAUGAAGAAGGUAUCUAUGUCGGCGCCUCAUCCGCACUCAACGUUGUUGCCGCUGUAGAGAUGGCCAAGAAAUUGGGACCUGGAAAGAACAUUGUCACCAUCUUGUGCGAUGGCGCAUACCGUUACCAGUCUCGGCUUUUUAGUAAGAAGUGGAUCGAGUCCAAGGGACUCACAGAUGCUAUCCCUGAGCACUUGAAGAAGUAUACUACCUUGGAGUAA